UCACAUCCGGGUCAGUUGCCUGCAGCUCUACGAUAUUAACCAGCUUCACAGUUACAUUAUAACGCUGCGUUAGAUACAGCUGUGCAAUAUGAGCUAGGUGACAUGGGUAUUACCAUUCGCAUCCAGUGUUAGUGAAACGACCUGGAACCGCUGGGACAAUACAAACAAAACAAAAAAACGCAGCCUGCACAGAGACCUUUAGCAAUUCAUGCAGUAUUUAUUUUAGUCAUGUCCAAGAGUCUGAAAAAGAAAAGCCACUGGACCAACAAAGUCCACGAGAUUGUCAUUUGCAGGAGUGAAGAGGGAGAGCUUGGGUUUGAUUUAAAAGGAGGUGCUGAGAAUGGGCAGUUCCCUUACUUGGGAGAGGUGAAGCAAGGCAAGGUGGUCUGUCAGAGUGGCAAACUGUCCCAGGAUGAGUUGCUCUUGGAGGUCAAUGAUACCCCGGUGGCUGGACUUACCAUCAGGGAUGUGUUGGCUGUAGUCAAGCAUUGCAAGGAUCCCAUCAGGUUGAAAUGUGUCAAACAAGGGGGCAUUGUAGACAAAGACCUUCGCCACUACCUCAAUUUACGGUUCCAAAAGGGCUCUGUGGACCACGAGCUUCAGCAGAUCAUCCGGGAUAACCUCUACCUCCGGACAGUGCCAUGCACCACAAGGCAACCUAAGGAGGGAGAGGUCCCAGGUGUGGACUACAAUUUUGUAACUGUUGAUCAGUUUAUGGAAUUAGAGAAAAGUGGAGUUUUGUUAGAGAGUGGGACAUACGAAGAUAACUAUUACGGUACUCCCAAACCACCUGCUGAACCAACCCCACUGCUGCUAAAUGUAACAGACCAGAUCCUGCCGGGCGCCAAACCAAGUGCCGAGGGGAAGCGGAAACGAAACAAGUCUGUGAGCAACAUGGAGAAAGCCGGCAUUGAGCCCCCAGAGGAGGAAGAGGAAGAGAGACCAGUCGUCAACGGCAACGGCGUAGCAAUAACUCCAGAAUCGAGUGAACAUGAAGAUAAAAGUACCGAUGCCUCAGGUGAGAUACCUGCACAACCAUACACUGCAGAGGGACCAAACGAAGAAGGGGAACCACCGAAGCUGCCAACGAAGCCUGACGAGAACGAUGAGUUGGGGCCACUGCCCGACAACUGGGAGAUGGCUUACACUGAGAAAGGAGAAGUCUAUUUUAUUGACCACAACACUAAGACGACAUCAUGGCUCGAUCCAAGGCUUGCAAAAAAGGCUAAGCCCCCAGAAGAGUGCAAAGAAGACGAGCUUCCAUAUGGCUGGGAGAAAAUUGAUGACCCCAUUUACGGCAAUUAUUAUGUUGAUCACAUAAACAGAAGGACCCAGUUUGAAAACCCUGUUCUGGAAGCAAAACGAAGACUACAUCAACAGCAAAUGCCAAAUCAAGACCUCCCUUCUCCGCCUUUGCAGGCGGUACAAGUCUUCCAAGUAGAGGGCUCUUCAUCAACAUUACCUAGGCCCAAACUCGCUCACUUUGGCCCUGCACCCCAGCGGUCCCGCAGUAUGAAUGACCUGUCCCAGUUUCGGAGUGGCAGUGCUGGAGUGUGCGGGCUGCAUGAAAAGCCACUCUUCACUCGAGAUGCCACACAGCUGAAGGGAACAUUCCUCUCGACGGCCCUGCAGAAGAGCAGCAUGGGAUUCGGGUUCACUAUAAUUGGAGGCGAUGAUCCUGAUGAGUUCCUGCAGGUGAAGAGUGUGAUACCGGAUGGGCCUGCUGCACAGGAUGGCAAAAUGGAUACUGGUGACGUCAUUGUCUAUAUCAAUGAUGUCUGUGUCCUUGGUCAUACACAUGCUGAUGUGGUCAAGCUCUUCCAAUCGGUUCCGAUUGGUCAGAGCGUUAACCUGGUGCUAUGCCGUGGAUACCCCUUGCCCUAUGACCCCGAAGACCCUUCUAGUAGUAUGAUAUCUCCCAUGGGGAUUAUGGAGAGACCACCAGUAUUAGUGAAUGGAAGAAGUAACUAUGACAAUUACAUGGAGUACAUUUCUCAGACCUCUCGAUAUGUGCAGGACCACACAGAGCAUCUUCCCCAACAACCCUUACCCCCCCAUCCUGCAGACGGUCAUCCUGAUGGACCGUUACCACCCCCUGUCCAUGAGGACAACGUAUCUAUGGCCUCCUCAGGGGCUACUCAGUCUGAACUCAUGACCAUUACCAUUGUGAAAGGAGCCGAGGGCUUUGGAUUCACCAUUGCAGACAGCCCUACAGGACAAAGGGUGAAGCAGAUUUUGGAUGUGCAGGGUUGCCCUGGUUUGUGUGAAGGCGACCUCAUAGUGGAGAUUAACCAGCAGAAUGUGCAGAGCCUGAGUCAUGCCCAUGUUGUGGAUCUACUCAAAGAAUGUCCAGUGGGGAGUGAGACAUCCUUGAUCAUUCAAAGGGGAGGAGGUCACUUUUCACCAUGGAAGACCUCUAAACAGGUGUUGGAGCAGUGGGAUAUCCAAGGCAGUCCCCAGACCAGCUUAUCUGCUCCAGUUUUACCACAGAAUGUUCCCUUCCCACCAAACUUCCAUAGGGCUUCAUUCCCAGACUCAGCCGAUGGGUUUGAUCAAAGAAAACCUGACCCUUAUGACCUGUAUGAGAAGUCGAGAGCUAUCUAUGAGAGUAGGCAGCAAGGCCCACCAAGGACAGCAUGUCGAAUGGAUUCUUCCGGUCCUGAUUACUGGGAACUGGAUGUCCAUCUCCGAAGGCAAAAGUCGGGGUUUGGCUUCAGGAUCCUGGGUGGAGAUGAGCCUGGACAGCCAAUUGUAAUUGGAGCAAUAAUAGAGAAGAGUUCAGCCGACAGAGAUGGACGACUGCGGCCUGGGGAUGAACUGCUGUUUGUCGAUGGGAUCCCAACUGCUGGAAAGACUCACCGAUACGUCAUCGACCUCAUGCAUGGAGCUGCACGAAAUGGGCAAGUCAACCUCAUUGUGAGAAGAAAAGUGCAGUGUGUGGGUGAGCCAUGCCCUGAGAAUGGCAAGAGCCCUGGGUCUGUCUCCACACAACACAGCUCCCCAAGAAGUGACUUUGCUACCUAUCCCAACAACACAAAGCAAGCUACCACAGGAGCUUCACCACCAGAGGGCUUUGUGUCCCAGAGUUUACAAACAAACGAUGUCAUCAUCCACCGCAAAGAGAAUGAGGGCUUUGGCUUUGUAAUCAUCAGUUCGCUAAACAGACCUGAGGCUGGAUCUACAAUCACUGUGCCCCACAAAAUUGGCCGGCUAAUUGAAGGCAGUCCAGCAGACCGCUGUGGGAAGUUGAAAGUGGGGGACCGGAUCCUUGCUGUGAACAGCCAGUCCAUCAUUAACAUGCCUCACGCGGACAUCGUGAAAUUGAUAAAGGAUGCUGGCCUGAGUGUAACCCUGCGUAUCAUCCCUCAGGAGGAGCUGAACAGCCCAGCGUCCGCAGCCAGCUCCGAGAAGCAGAGCCCAAAGGCUCAACAGCACAGCCCCAUGGCCCAGCACAGUCCUGUAGCCCAGCAGAGUCCAGCAACUCACCACAGCCCCGUCACACAGCUGCCCCCACCUCCACCACAGCUACAUGGACAUGGACAUGACAGCAGCUACAGAUCAGAGGUAAAAGCAAGGCAAGAUGUGAAACCGGAUAUCAGGCAACCACCCUUCACAGACUAUAGACAGCCUCCUGUAGACUACCGACAGCCUCCAGUAGUAGAUUACAGACAGCCGCCUACACUGGACUACAGGCAGCCCCCAGUCAUAGAUUACAGGCUGCAUUCCCCUGACACGAGGCAGUAUCCAGCACCGGAUUGCAGGCAACCACAGGAUUUCUCUUAUUUCACUGUGGAGCUGGAGAAAAGCAUGAAAGGGUUUGGAUUCAGUAUCCGGGGUGGUCGAGAGUAUAAGAUGGAUUUAUAUGUACUGAGACUGGCAGAAGACGGACCUGCAAUAAGGAAUGGGAGAAUGAGGGUUGGGGAUCAAAUCAUAGAAAUCAACGGUGAGAGCACAAGAGAUAUGACACAUGCCAGAGCAAUCGAGCUCAUCAAAUCAGGAGGGAGGAGAGUGCGUCUGUUGCUUAAGAGAGGGACAGGGCAGGUCCCAGAGUAUGCCGACAGCCCAGCCUCCUGGGAUCCUCCCUCUGCAGCCUCCUCAGGUUUGCCGGAAGUAGCACCUUCACUUGACACCAUGAUCAUGCCAUUACCUUCAUCUCAUCAAGCCCCACCCUCUGAUCCCGUUCACCAGCUACCCCUGGAGCCAGAAUUGGACACUGAAGGGAAGCAUGAGAUGGCGAGGAGGAAGGAGCGUUCAGCAGGUGGCAAGGAGACAAGGAGUACAGUGGAGACAAACAAGCGUUCUGAAAGCCCACGGAAAUCAGACCCUCCCAAGACUGAUCAGGCUUCUGGGCAAAAGUCCACUGAGAGGAGGAACAGUGGCAGCAUAGCAAGAGGUGGCCGGUCCACCUCAGGAGGCAAGGCAGCUGGGAGGAAUACACCAGAGGAACAUGUGUACAGUGGGACUGUUCACAAGCAGCUGGGAAUAUCCAAAUCUCCUGAAACCAACAGAGGAAAGUCUCUGGAGAGAAAUGGGGAGAACAGAAUUGCCAGGGAGAAAAAAACUACAGAAAUACUAGAAAAUAACACCCAGCUAAACGAAAGCGGAGGUGCUCAAAAUAAUGGCAGUUUCCUCAAGAGCAACACUGACCAGGCCAAGAAGAAACCUGAUGGGGAACCUACAAGGAACCCCAGUGAAGAGCAUUCCGGUUCAGACAGCUGCACUCCCAGCUUUAGCAGCUGUAGUAAUAGUACAGCUAGGAAGUCCACUGUGUCACCUGGGCCAUGGAAAAUCCCAGGGUCCGACAAGCUACCUAGUGCUUUGAAGUCUGGAACUUCCACUGUGAGCAGAUAAAAAAGAAUUGCAGUCAUAAUCACUUUGCCACCUGUAUUAAAUACAAAACAAACAUUCCAUUUUUUUAUUACAAUUUUAUUUAUAUUAUAUUUUAUUUCUAUUAUUUUAAGAUAAUAUACACCCACCACCUUAAUAACUGGAAGCAUUCACUUUUAAAACUACAGUAGAAUGUGCAUAAAGUCUGGUGAGGGCAUCAGGAUGCAUUCUUUCAAAACAGAUUUAUGUAACUGACCGGUUGCAUUCAGGAACUCAAAAAGGUCCUACGUUUCACUACAUGGGCUACGGCAGCUAGGAAGGAAUCAAACUUAUGAAGUGAAAAGUUGAGAAAAAGUCUUAAGUGCUGCAGCUUCUUUUUAGAACUGGAAACUAUCUCAUCAAGCAAGAUUAUGAAGGAUUUGCAUCAUCAUUUAUCAAGAAAUAACUGUGCACAAAGGAUAUCCACUAUCUGAACUCUGCCUUAAAUGAAACUGUACUGAGAAAGCACUGAAAUGGGGGAUAUCUCUAACAACAUAAUGCUUAAACAAAAAUAAAUAUAAUACAGAAUGAACUAUUGUAAAUAUGCUCAUCUGAAAAUAUAUGGACGGGCUAACAGUAUUCCUGAGAUAGUCUGAGACACAAAUAGAAUACUAACACUUCAGAUAACCUAAAGUACAGUUUCCAUUCUCACCUGCUCACUGGAAAGUUGCACUGCUUUGGAGUAAAUUAAUGUGAGUUAUUUUGAACUCCCAAUGCAUUUUCUAGGUGUCCGCUUUAAUCUAUUGAGGGUAUACAAUAUCAGAUUCACUCCUCCUUGUUAUAACACUGUUCUGGCAAACCAUAUAGUUUUUAUGCUGUAUUUAUUGAAAUUGGAAGCCAUGUUGGGGCAGUGAUGUGACAGGGUGCUUUAAAUAGGCAUGGAGUGCCAAGGGGAAUAUACUGUAGGUUUGAAGAGCAUUGUCAGGAGAGGGAGGGGGGGGAGGGGGGUACUAUAUACAACAGACAAAAGCUGUAUUGUCCAUUACAAAAUCACAACAAUUUACCAAGCCUGAUUUUUUUUUAUUUAUAUCACAAUCUUUUUAAAGGUAAGUCUCCAAAGAUAACAGAAUGAUACAUAAUAAAACAUUGAACUAUUGAAAUCAGUAAAAAGAACCGCUGACAUGUACACACUCAUUCCUUGGUAGCUCUGUAGUGUUUAGAUCUGGUGCCAGGGGAAAGGCAGCAUCAGUUCUGUAAACCAUCCCAGCACUUUUCCAAUCAGCCAUUCGUGUCCUGUUUAGUUUGACAAGCAAAUGUUGCUCAUAGGAUAAUACGUUUGUACAUUUCAUAACCUCAAAACAAAUGCCUUUAAUUACAAAAUAGCUUAUAGCAGAGUACUGAAAAGUUUAAAUUAGUAGAGUGGCACACCAUGUAUGGAAAUGAGCUAGCAUAGGUGCCUUUGGAUUAGUAGGCUGAUAGUCAGUUUUGAUCCAUAGCUUACUGCCUAGAUUUCAAUCAUAAAGCAUAAUCAAAUUCUUUUCAACAAUUUCAGACAAGAAUUUAAACUGCUUUUCUGCUCCCGUGCCACCAUGUUUCAUAGAAUUUCUGCUAUGAAUGUUCCUGCACUUUUAUUUAUAGUAUUGGUGAUGUUAACACGAUAAGGUUUUGUCAUUAGGUUCUUGCAUUAGGUAUGCACAUAAGCAGGGGUGUUUAGAAGUACCAGAGAACAAAAUGUUAUAUUCUUUGGACGUUUUUUUCUGUACUCUUGCCAAUAACAUAUAAGGUAGGAACUGAAGGAUUUCUUUCGGAACUAUUAAGAACUUAAACUGGAUAGCUGCUCAAAAAGACGUUGGCAUAUUUCUAAUGCCCCAGUGUAGCACCAUAUAAUUUUCUGAGAUCUGGGGCUGUAUAGCUACUUUAGAGAGCUAUGCCCCAUCUUUUUAAUAUGCCUUAGAAUUAAAUACACCUGAUAAAUCAGUGGGGGUAGAAUAAACAUGUUCUGAUAAUCUACUGUACUUGUAGAUAAAAUAAUAUAAGAAUGAUAUAUUCCUUUUGAUAUAUGAAAAUGAUUUAUUUAUUUAAGAAAGAUUUAUUGAAGUUCAGUCCCACUAAACAUAACUGUUAAUUCAAUAUACCCGGAAAAUAUUAACUUUCCUGUCUAUUUUUAUCCUUGCAAUCGGAUGUGCCAUACUAAGAAUCUUCAUUCAAGGUUAACAGAAGGCAGUCAAAAGCUUUCCCCUAUGAAGUGAUGGAGCUAAAUUGAUGCAAUACAAGUUUUUCAGCAGUGUGCAAUCAGUAUCCUUGUGGCAUACCAUAGAAGCCUUGGGAAACAUGAAAGACAAGUUCUUACAGAUUUGAGCUAUUCAGUUGAACACAAGGGAUCAAAAUAUACAAGCACAAAAAUCUGUGGAUGUUUGUUGACAACCUGGUAUAUUCUGUACUGGUGACAUAGGAACAAACUGUCAGACUGUUUUAUGCUUUACCCCUUUACCCAGAAAUGCUGUACAACUUGCCACUAACUAACUCAAUUUUUGGACAAUGCUUCUGUAGUGUUGUGCACGUACCUAAUGUAUUAUUGCUGUCAUAUUUGCCAUGUAUAAAGAGGCAGAGAUGGUGGUAUCUUAAGCUCUGCAUUGCACAGUUCACAGCUUUUACUGUGUGAGCUGUUUUCUGUCGGCUGUAAUUAAUUUUUAAAAAGCAAUUUGUGAAAGAUGGCACGUUACAUAAACCCCAUUCAGAUAAAUAUUGCUGUUUGGUGUUAGCGGUGUAUUUACCUUGUACAGUUGUAUCUCUAUAAAUAUGAUUCCAUGUAUUAAUAGUCACAAAGACUGCAAGUGAGCAACUAUUUUUAUGAAGUGCACCACUAUGGAUAAAUUAACUUUUGCAGAAAUCUUGUUUACUGUAUGAUAUUCUAAAACUCUGUCAAAUAAAAUCCUGACUCGGUGACCAUGAA